CCCCCUCCCACCUCCCCGAGCCGCGCAUGCGCAUGGCGGCACUAGUGACGUCACAUGUAAAUACUCUUGUAGUGGAGGUGGCAGGAGAGGACCAAGCCCACACUUUCCUAUGAAUCUGCUUGUGUGCAAAUCGGGCACAGACAUGGCUAGUCUUGAAUUGGAUCCGUUAUUUCGCCGAGGGCUGCGUCUUCUCCAUUCUCGAAGUCGAGACUCUCUAGAUCAGCUGAAGGCCAUUGUAGAUGAAGCAGUCAGACAGCGACAGGGAAAGACCAUACCCCCUAUGAACAAGGAUCCAUUUAGUCUUCGACGUGAGUCUCCAAUACCACGAUCGAAACCUGGCAGUCCAAUUCCUGUUUCCUUUUCCAAGAGAGAGGAAAUAAAAAAGGAUAUGGAGCGAAAAUUGAGUAUGCGUGAUGAUGACAUGAUAAUGCCCAAGAGGCCACGUUUAGAUUCUCCGAGUGCAUUCAAGUCUCACACCCCUUCUCCAACUCCAUCCAUUAAGUCUGAAAGUUCUUCUCGUAGUCGAAAGUCUGAUGAGAGUGAAUCCGAUACAGACAUGAAUGAUCUGGCCAUGGAAAUUAUGGAUGAGGUCAACUGCACAGUUUGCAAGAGUUUUGAAGUGUCUCCACGUAAUCGGUUGGUGGAGUGCCAGGAAUGCCACUCCCUAUACCAUCAAGAGUGCCACAAGCCACCAGUCACCGACCAAGAUGUCAAUGAUCCACGUCUUGUUUGGUACUGUGCUAAAUGCACUAAGACACUUAAAAAACAGACUGCAAUGGUUAACUCCUCUGGAAGUAGUAACUUGAGUGGCACUCGAGGAGUUGGAGGUGGAGGAAUGCCCAGCUUGUCAAGUGGAGGGAAGGGUGGAGGGUCACACACACGUCCCGCUGCCUCACCCACUAAGGGUCUUAAUAGUCUCUCUCGUCCCUCUCCAUUUACUAACCUGUCCUCUGCUUCUGGAAGAAACUUAGGCUCCAACAACAGUGGUGGCAAUAGCAAUGGCAGCAACAAGUCGUCACUGUCAUCAUCGUCAUCAACAAAAUCAUCUGCACCAUCCAACUCCAUGAUUUCUGCUGAGAGGAGAAUGCACUUGAUGAAAAAGAAAGCUGCAGCAAAGAUGGCUGAGAAGCGCAAGUUGUAAAAAGAGUAAAAACCUUCAAAUUAUAAAAUUCCACUAGAAAGUAAUGUGUACAGAGAACUUGAUAUAAGCUUUAAACUUAUGACUGUAAUGUAGAUUAUAUGUGUAUAUUUUCUGAUUACUGUAUUUUAAUUAUGAAAUAAUUCAAGUAGACACUGAAUAAUCAAUUCUUUUAUACAUGAUCAUGCAGGCUCACACUUGCAGGGAUAUUGUGGUCAUGGCUGUAGAGUGCAUUGGUAAUAACUGAAGGGCUUUGUUUAUAGUUUUAUGUUAUUGGCGAGCGGUGUAGACCAAAGAUAGCUUGAAUGUUCUUAUUAGAAAUUACGUUCAUGUUAGCACAGAAGAAACAAUUAGAGCAGGUUUGGUUUUUUUGUACCUUGUCCUAUGAUUUAUUUAUUAGUAUUUAUUUGCUUUCCAGAUCAAAUUUCUUUAUCACUAGUUAUAAGUGUAUGUUUUCACUUUUUGUAUAAAACUUGGCUCGUCAGUUACUGGGCACUAUGUGAAGCUUUGAUGACCUUUUAUGAUAUAUUGAUGUAUAUUAUUAUUAAUAAUUGUGUAAUAAUUGUAUUAAUUUCAGUGACAUUAUUAGUGAAAGAUGUGAUGAAACAUA